GAGUCUAUCGCUGUGAGGUCACCACUAAGCUCACGAGGAGCAUUUUAUAAAAUCAAUUUUUACAUAAAUUUUAAGCGAACGCGAACGAAUCCUCCGCUCAAGCUCAAUUAAAUGCCAGUGCGAACUGGAUUUUGUGAGCGAUUCCGGUGAUAAGAUACUUCCGUGUUCCUUCAAAGGGUUGCUUUAGAGCACAAACCCGCGAUUUUCGACCGUGUGCGUUGAUUGAAAGCCGCAAAAGUGGAUACCGAAACAGUGAAAAUCGAGGAUUUGAUGGACUCUGAUCCUGAAAUCGAGUUCAUUGAAAAGGACAGCGGCAUGUCGUCGUUAGGCGGCAGCAAGGACGAGACGCCGGAGCGUCGGGCAGUGGCUGCCACCUCCAAUGAUCCGCAACGCGAGAACUACGAUGAUGUAAGUGGACCCUGUUUGUAAACACAGCACGAAAUCUAACCUCAAAGUUCGGGAGGGAGGCGCACAUUAAGGACAUUCUAGGUGUUUUCCAAAUGUAGCAAUAGUCUUGAGGAUCUCAAGUUUAUAAACAGCUUAUUUAGGUUCAUGAGUUUAUUUACAAAUUUAGCUUUGGCCUUUUGGCCAAGAAAUGAAUCAGCUGUUAGCCACAACGUGCACGCGAUAAAGGAGCCCGAUGAGACGGCAUCCGAGCGCUUCUGGGGACUAACCGAGAUGUUCCCGGAGCCAGUGAGGAAUGCAGUCGGCGCCGUGAGCAGCGCCACGGUGAAGAGCGUCAAGGGCUUCUACUCGUUCUCGUGCAACGCCAGCUGGAUAUUCUUCACCAGCGCGGUUAUCCUGUUCGCCCCGGUCAUCUUCGAGACGGAGCGCGCCCAGAUGGAGGAGCUGCACAAGUCGCAGCAGAAGCAGGUGCUUCUUGGACCCGGCAGUGCGAUGGGUCCUGGAGGGCCGUCGCCCAGCUUACCCUUGAUUCGUUAACCAUGAGAGACCCCCUACCACAUACGCAUAUUAGCUCUACGAUAACCGGCAUCGGAAAUCCGGAAAUUGCCACACGUUAGCUUAAGUUUGUCGAUACCAAUCAAUCCCAGUCGAAAUCGAGCGGUGCAGGACGUCCAGCGAUUCCCCCCAAUAAAGCAGCCACCCAUUAAAUGCCACUUCACAGCGCAGCAUUUACGCAUCCACACUCUAUGAACAUCCGGCCCCCAAAAAAAGGACGUCCUCAUCAAUCGAAACGAGCCGUUGCAAAACUUCAGAUAGGUGUUAGCAUUGCAGUUGGCGUACAGUGUAUAAACAAGCAACCACUGCGGUUUAAACCAAUUAAUAAAACUACGUUUAUUAAUAGUCAAAAU